CAAAUCAGGCGGCUGCUGCUGCUGCUGCCUCACCGUUGCCACCACCUCCUCCUCCGGUGCCUGCCCCACCACCACCCCAAGCACCCCCAAAGCCUCUCAUGACAGCUCUCCCCCCACAGCCUAGCAGGAAGGCAGGAUCACCGGGGGUCUCACACAUCACCUCCCCUGUGCCAGUUCCCUUGCCUCUUGCAAUUAAGAAACAGCCAAGUGUCACAUCUCCCCAGGUGCCUCCACUGCCCCCGGCCCCUCCAGGCCCCACUCCUCCCCCAACUUUUCCAAAGCAACAGAGUUUUUCUAUGAAGCCUCCCCCAUCACCUCAAUCCCCAGUGCCGUCAGUAGUGAAGCAGAUAGUCAGCCAGUUCCCACCUCCUCCCACCCCACCUGCCACUGAGCCCCAGCCUCUGAAACCUCUUCCAUUGAGUGUGGCUCCUCAGUCACCUCCAGCAGUGAAGGCAAAACCCAAAUGGCAGCCUGCCUCUGCUCCCUCACCGGAUUUCCCACCUCCUCCACCAGAGAGCAGCUUAGUGUUUCCUCCUCCGCCUCCUUCCCCAGCUACCUCUGCAGGUUCUCCCCCCCCUGACAAAUCAGGGUCUCCAGUCAAAAAGACCAGCAAGACAUCAAGCCCUGGAGCAAAGAAACCGCCUCCAACACCUCAGCGGAACUCCAGCAUCAAGUCCACCAGCUCCACUGAGUACAAUGAGUCCAAGAGACCUUCAGUGGACCGCCUUGUCAGCAAAUUUGCACACCCGCCAGAGCCAUCAGGGUCUCCAUCAAAGGAGUCAUCACCUCCUGUGGCCCCUCCAAAGCCUGGAAAGCUCAAUCUCUCUGGUGUGAGCUUGCCCAUCGUCCUUCCGCAGGGAGGGAUCCCGGCCAAGGCUCCUGCUCCAGGUGUAUCUGGGAAGGAACCCAUGGUUGAAUUUCCUUCUCCACCAUCGGAUUCAGACUUUCCACCACCACCACCUGAAAUAGAUCUUCCUCUCCCCCCUGUUGAGAUACCAUCUGUGUUUUCAGGCAGCACUUCUCCAAAAGUUGCUGUGGUCAACCCUCAGCCUCAGGCAUGGUCGAAACCAUCAGUUAAAAAAGCUCCACCACCCACACGUCCUAAGCGGAAUGACAGCACUCGGCUGACACAGGCAGACGUUGCAGAGUCACCGGCAACACCUGGCCCCCAAGUGCCCACUUCACCCAAGUCUAGCCUUAGUGUUCAGCCAGGAUUCCUGGCAGACCUCAACCGGACGCUGCAGCGGAAAUCCAUCACCCGGCACGGCUCCCUCUCCUCUGCACGGAUGUCCAGAGCAGAGCCCACUGCCACCAUGGACGACAUGGCCUUGCCGCCGCCCCCACCGGAGCUUCUGGCCGACCAGCAGAAGACGAGCAGCUUCGGGGGCAGCCAUAUAUCUGGCUAUGCAACAUUGCGGAGGGGGCCACCCCCUGCGCCUCCCAAAAGGGAUCAGAACACUAAGUUGUCACGGGACUGGUAGUCGGUCACCUGGGGCUGGUGCUCUCCAUGACUUGUGGGCUGCUCUGUGAUCAGCCAACCUGAGAUGUUGCGCACUUGGAGAGAAUGUGGGGACGUGGAUAAUAGCCCUGUCAAAAGAGGUGAUCUCAAACUGUAGUCAAGGCUAAAGACAGAGACAUUCCCCCUUCAUGGCUAGGCCAAAACAGUUGGGGGCUGAGGGUUGUCAGUAUUUUAUUGGGGGAGGUGGGUAGAGAGGUGUUGACUUAACAUUUUCAAUUUCUUUUACCCUUCAUAUGGAUUGGACCAAAAUUCCUUUUUCUUACUUUUUCUGCAUUGGGGGGAAGAUAAUUUUUUGUAGUAUCUGUCCAUGUGAGACAUUGUUUGUGCAUGUAUUAUAAGUGUAGGUAUAUAAAAUAUUGUGAUAUAUUUCAUUGCAAUUAUAGAAGAUAACCAGAAUGUUUUUGUAGAUCCGUAUUUAUUGUUUCAGUUGCUAUAUUAUUGGGAAUCGGACUCUGUAACCAGUCCAAUCUGAUUGUAAAGAUGAAAUGUCGGGGGCACUUUAAAGAAAGAAGGAGAAAGGAAGAAAAAAAAAAAUAGCAGGGAAAAAGAAAAAAACAAUUUGGCAGUUUGUGAUGGGUAAAUGGUGCAGAGUUGAGAUGUUCUGCUAGUAACUGCACACUGGUCAUUGACUGAAAAAUACAAACACAACAUACCAAAACAUUCUGGUCAUAAUACUACUGAAAACGAGUAUGUUAUGAGGAAGAAAAUAGAUUUUAUAUAUAGUGGGCUGGAGUGAAAUAUAUUUAUACUAUAAAGAACCUCCCCCUUCCUUCCAAAUAGUUUAAAAAUAUACACUGCUACAAAUUAAUUCAAAGUUAUUUGUCCAUGAAUAACUAGGAUAAGUAUAUAUUAUUCCAAUCCAUUAUGCAUCUUAACUUUAUAGUAAGCUUGAUCAUUUGUUUUUAUGACACAAGGUGACUAUUUCUGUUAACCCCUUCUGAAAGCUGCCAGGAUUCCUGCAACCAGUGCUGACCCACAAGGCUGAUCCCUGUGGACGCACCACUUGUACGUGUAACUCUUUCCCUGAACAAACAGGUAGGUUUUGGCAGAGUGUUACGUUCUCAAAUGAACAUACAUAGCACAGUUUCACGCUGUCUGUGCCCAGUAAGAUGUGUUGCCUUUACAGAAACAAGUGUCUGGAACCAGUUAAAAGCAGUUUGUAAUUCCUUAGUAGCUGUUGGGAAACAUUGCUCUCUAAAAAGAGAGAAAGUAUUGGUAACUUGAGGCAAACACAGCUGCAAUUCUCUUUUCUUUGACCUGUCAGAAAAUAUGACCAACACACAAAGCUGUUAAUUAUGAAGUUGCACUUCUAACAGUCAAGAGAGGACUGGAAAAAAAAAUCUUUGAGAGGCAAUAAUGUUUGCAGACAGUUUUAAGGGGCUGCAUGAGUAGGAAAUAUUUGCUUUGUUUUUUUGUUUGUUUGUUUAUUUGCCACAGAGUCACAAUCAUGGCAUCAGGUACCACAGUCCUUUUUUUGUACUUCAGAAGUUUCAUGAUGCUGCUUUAGCCAUGGCGUGGACACAGUAAGUUAGUGUAGUUAGCGUAAGUGCUCUUGUGUGUUAUGCAUGCUCCGUACAGGGUAGUGAUAUACAAUCUAUGUAAGUUAAGCAGAAUAUUGGGCCUGUACCUAGGUCAUCCUUGGUUGUUAUAACUUCCUUGGUCAUGACAGGGAUGCUGUCAAGGCUCAGAUGUCAACAGGAUUUUAUUAUUGUUUUCCUUUUCUCUAAAAGCAAGUAUUAUUACAUGCUUACUUUCCCCCAAAAAGUGAAACAAAGGCAGUAGUUUAACCUGACAGUAUCUUAAAGCGUGUAAAAUAAGAUACAAGCUAAGCUCUUGGUAGAGAAAUUCAGGCUGAUAGAAAUAUUGUGAGAGGGUUUGCUGUUCCUUUUUUAUAGUUUUUUUAAAAUCUAAAUAAUAAAAUAAAUGUCUUUGUGAAUAAUUUAUCAAUAGGAAAAAGUUUGCCAAUUAGAAGGAAAAAUGACACAUCUAUAACUAUAUAAUUUUAAAUAAGUGCAUCAUGAAAAGAGAAAAAUCAAUGGUGCUGUCUCUGCUUUCCUGUUUCAUACCCCUUCUUGAAAUCUCUUUCAGCACCUCUGGAAAUUAUUUUAGUAUUUCAGACUAGUUUUUUUGAGCAAUAAGGAUAUACCAUUGUGUGCAUUUUUAAAGCACUUCUGUGGAAAGGCACUUUUUUUCUAUCUUUCAGAUUGUUCAUAAAUUUUUGUUUCUACUAUUUUUGUGCUUAUGAAGUGUCCUUAAAAGCAUUUAUGUUGUUGAUUUUGAGCAUGCUCAGUAUAGCUGGCUAAUAAGUUGAUAGAAAAAUUGUUAAGCUAUACUGGAAUUCAUGGGUGCUGUAAUUUUCUACGCUGGUCCUCCUGCUGCUUUGUACUGUAUACAGCUCCUGGGGCUCGUACCCACCAGUGGUGCAACUUGUGUGCAGACACAGUCGUAACCCCCCAGCUGAUACUGGCAAUAGGCAGGUGGCACAUUCUCUGCUUCCUAGUAGGGUGCAUAUGUGAGUUGAUGCAGUGCAUGCUCCUCAACGAGAGCAAUCAGGGAAUUCUGCUUAUCUCCUCUUUUGCUUUCCCUGCAAAACAGUUCCAUUGGUGGGUGACAGUUCCAUUUUUUCUCUUCUGUUCAUUCAGUGCAGGUUUUUCUGAGGUGUUUGAGCUUUGUUCUUUUAAUGUUCCUGUGCCCGAGUUCAUUUACCCACUAUCUCCCACGAGACAGUAAAUCCAUGCUUAAUUUUGCAGGCUACUAAAAAGCUUGCUGGGAGACAGAAAUUGAACAACAACUUUACAGCACAAAGAAUGAGCAUCAGCAAAGGUGGCACCCUUCUUAGUACAACAUCCUUAAUUAUAGCUUCCUCGUGCAACGAAAGACUACUUGCUCUAACUUGGUGCACAGCCUCAAAGCCAAAGAGCUCCUCUCCUGAACUUACAGUGCAAUUUCCUGCAGAGCACCAGGGAACAACUUACACAUCAGGGAGACAUCAAGGUACCUGAAUCACUUUGUCUUCAGGACUAAUGGGAGAGAGAGCAAUAUUUUAACAAGUGCAUUUUAAGAUUUACUGUUGUAGAGUUGCACAUGUGGAGUUUUGUUGUUGUUGUUUUCCUAAUUUCUUUGUUCUGUGCUCUUAGGCAACCAGGUAGCACAAAUCAGAGUGGCCAGUCUUGCUCUGGGUUAAAAUUAUUUCUUUACACAGUUAAAGGAACCAAAAGUGCUGUUUCAACUGCAGAAGGGCAAAAAAGAUUUUUUUCUGCUUAUUACAGAAAACUGCAUAGACUUAAAUUGUUGUACUUCAGUGGUGCCAUUACUGGUAAAAUUCUCUUAUUCAUAGUAAGAUAAAUGGGUUUUACUUCGAGCAUUACUUCCAGUAGCAAGUCAUAUUAAAAUCAGUUGCAUCUCCUAGAUUAACUGGGACACUGUAUGGCUUUAACUAUAUCUUGAGAACAUUUGCUGUGGUAGAAAAUAAGAUUUACCAUCUGAAAAUAUUGUUAACAUAGAGCCAAAUUCUUAGAGCUGUAGUGGUAUUUUUAUUCAAUUUGUUACCUGCAGAAUUUUCAACACUUGAUGUUCUUCCUGGUUUUUAGUAUUUACUUUGAGUUAGCAGCAGUAGUUUAUACAGGUAUUUUCUGUUUGGCAUAAAUAUGCUGAUAAGAUGGAAGUCACGCACAUGUACUUUCUUGGAGUUUUCUCUCAGUCCAAACACAAGCAAUGUAAACUCCUGCCAGAAGGUAGUAAAGAUAGUGAAGAUGCGAUCAGAACAUACGAGUAUUUUUGUUUUCUUGAUGGUGGUUUUUCCUUUUUUUUUCCCCUCAUUGUGAAGAUGUAGAAUUAUAUUCUUCUUCAAACAGUGCUCCUAACCUGGGGACAAGGGGUUUUAUUUCUUUGGUGGCAGGAGCUUCCUUAUUUGUGGCUCCUGGUGCUCAGUUUUGUGAUCCUUUUUUCACUUGGAGUAGACUGCAAUCCAGAGAGCAUUUAACACUACAGCUUUCCCUUACACAUUUCUAUAAAAUGGUGGUUUCUAAACUAUUUAUUUUAGAAAUGUAAAGUACAUUUUUUCUAAAAUAAUUUUCCUUUCUGAAUUCCUUUUCUCCUUCAGUUAAAAAAAAAAAGUGACAAAUCCAGCAUUACAGUUCAGGGGUCAGCACUCACUAAUACUGCGAUCCAAUGGGACACAGGCUUUGUCUAGUUUUGCAAAGUUUUAAACCACUAAAUUGCAAAUGAUUGGCCAUCAUAUGUAAAAUUAGAGUAACUGCCACUAAUGUGAGAAAAAUAAGUAGGACAAGGAUUCAGUGAGCUCCGUUCAUGAGAAUUGUACAUCCUCAAUGAGGAGAGCUAGAGAAGAACUGGGAGGAACAGGAGCUGGUGCUGUAUCUAUGCCCAGUCCCCUACAGCAGGAAUUUAGUGAGGGGAAUGAGUGAGAAGAAACUUGAAUAACAGAUUCUGGAAACCCUCUUAAGUGUUAACACUUAAAGGCAACCUCUCUGUUAUGACACUUCGGAAUUGAACCAACUGUUCCUUAGAGUGGAAAAUAGUUCUCUCUCACUCAGGAAUUCCUAAGAUGCCAAAGAUGCAUUCAGAGCUAAAUUUCAGGUACACAGAUGUGCUUGCAGCAGCUGCUCCUGAAGCUAAGCUGCCAGGGGCUGCAGCUGCUGUGUGGCAAGAGAGCAGGGGUGCUGCUGUCAGCUGCCCUGCAGCCCUUGCCUUGACUCACUGUUGUAGGUAACUGAGUACAGACGUGCAAGGGGCGUGGGCAAAGGCCAGUUUAGCUAGAGAACCUGUGCUCAAAGACUCCCUUGUUGCUAAUUUGGUGCAGCACUUUUACUUAUCGUUUAAAAAGGAAAAUCAAUACUUUCACAAGUUACAAUUGAAAUCUUGGGUUUCAUCCUAGUGGACUGCCAUGGGCCAGAAAUUAACUGGAGCAGCAGUUUGUUUUAUGGUUUACACUAACUACUGUUAGCAGCCACUAGUGAGAUCCUGUACGAUACUGGGGAUGCAAAUGUACAAAGAAAGUGUCACUGCAAUGAUGAUUUGUCUGUACAGCAAACUUGUGAUGAGUGCUGUAAAUACAUUCAUGUUUACUGCUUUAAAAAAGAAAAUUGCACAUUCUGUCUUUCAAUGGGAUUGCCUCCCCUCUUCUUUCCUUUCCAAAAAAGAAAAAUCAAAGCUCUUUUAGACUGCUAGCUUCAGGAUGGGGGGAGCUUUGUCAUAUUAUAAAUAUAUAUAAAUAUAUGUAUAAAUAUACUUUUUUAAGCAUGAGAGAGGACAAAAGAAAUACAUUAUAGAGUACCCAAUAUAGAUAAUUAUACAAUGGAAUAUGCACAAUUCAAUAAAGAUGUAGUUAAAUUUAA